UCUCUGCAUCUCCUUGGUUCUCUCCUCUGUUCAAGUAAUGACAAGCACAAGUCCAUGGAACGGCAGCGUGCGCCGGAACUCCACCUCCGGUGAUGAGCGGCGGAACUCUGCUUCCGGUGGGGAGCGGCGGAACUCUGCUUCCGGUGGUGAACGCCGGAACUCUAGCUCUGGUGGUCUGGGAACGCGGAUUCAAUACCUCUACUCGCCUAGUCCCGAUGUGUCCUCCGGUCUGGAUUCCCGCUCCCGACGAAAUCCGGUGAAAGCCGCUGCACGGUCCGUCGCCGGAGCUUUCAUUACUUGCUUUACCCCGCCGGAGGGGGAAACUUCGCCGGGUUAUUGUGGAGGAUGUAAUCUUCCCUCAGAUACAUCCAGUCAUAAUGGCAGUAGAAAUCAAGGAUCUAGACGAGAAUCCCACUUCAGUUCAAAUCUAGCAGCCCAUGAUAGAGAGCCUGGAUCUUUAAAGAUCAGUAUAGAUGAAAUCCGCAAGGCCACGAAGAACUUCUCCACAGCUUCAAAAAUUGGUCAAGGGGGUUUUGGGGCUGUCUACAAGGGGAAACUUGAUGGAAUGCUUGUGGCAAUAAAGCGUGCCAAGAAGAGUGUAUAUGAUAAUAAUUUGGGCCUGGAGUUUAAAAGCGAGAUCCAAACACUGGCACAAGUAGAACAUUUAAAUCUGGUAAAGUUCUAUGGAUAUCUGGAACAUGAAGAUGAAAGAAUAGUCAUUGUAGAAUAUGUGCCCAAUGGCACUCUCAGAGAGCACUUGGAGUGUAUCCAUGGAAAUAUUCUUGACCUUGCUACAAGGCUUGAUAUUGCAACUGAUGUGGCUCAUGCAAUAACAUAUCUUCAUAUGUAUACAGACCGUCCCAUCAUUCAUAGAGACAUAAAGUCUUCCAACAUUCUAUUGAGUGAGAAUUUUAGAGCCAAGGUUGCGGAUUUUGGCUUUGCAAGACUUGCAGCUGACGGUGAUGCGACCCAUGUGUCCACCCAAGUCAAAGGAACUGCUGGCUACUUGGACCCAGAAUAUCUCAAGACUUAUCAACUGACAGAGAAGAGUGACAUCUAUUCAUUUGGUGUUCUAUUGAUUGAAUUGGUCACGGGCAGGCGCCCCAUAGAACCAAAGCGAGAACUUGAACAGCGGGUCACUCCUAAAUGGGCAAUGAAGAAGUUUGCUGAAGGAGAAGCCAGUACAAUUCUGGACCCAAAUCUGGAGCAAACAGUUGCUAAUAAUUUAGCAGUGGAAAAGAUUCUAGAGCUGGCCCUACAAUGCUUGGCCCCCCGGAGGCAAAGUAGGCCUAGCAUGAGGAGGUGUGCAGAGAUACUAUGGAGCAUACGCAAGGAUCACAGAGAGCUAUCAGCUCCAGAUUUGCGUUCAUUCUCUUCAAAUUCACAGAGGAGCGCCUCGAUAAGAGAAAAACGAAACUGAAAUCAUGUAGAAAAUAAAUGGUGGAAUCCAUUAAUACAAUUGCAGGUAAAGCUUGUUGAUUCAGAAUCAUGAUACAUUGGAAGUAAUCCUGAUCCUACGAGGAGCAAGCCCUCUCAGAUUCUUUAUCCGAGGAAAUCAGCAGAUUCCCAGAACGUAUAUUCCUCUAAUUUUCACUGGUGAGAUUAUUAUUUGUUUGGCUUUAUGUAAUGUUGCUCUCUUUUGCUUGUAAAUUUAUGUAUUUAGUUCUCUUCAGGAUGGUUGAUUGAUUUCUGCUGUGAGUUAAUAACUGACCAGCAAUGGAGAAACUUUUAGCCAA